UGCAUUUUCGCAAAGGUUGUUGGGAUUGUGGAAGAUCUACGGAAAGUGUUUGACACUCGCGGUGCAGUGUGGGACGGCGGAGGCCUAAGCUCAACCGAUCGGCAUCGAGAGAGAUGGAUGUAUUUCUUAUGAUCCGGCGUCACAAGACGACCAUCUUUACGGAUGCCAAGGAGUCGACCACCGUCUAUGAGUUGAAACGCAUUGUCGAGGGCAUCCUCAAGAGGGCGCCAGACGAGCAAAGGCUUUACAAGGACGACCAGCUGCUCGAUGACAGCAAGACUCUCGGCGACUGCGGCUUCACCAACCAGACGGCCCGGCCCCAGGCCCCAGCCACGGUCGGCCUGGCUUUCCGCGUUAACGACGAUGCCUUCGAGCAGCUGCGGGUGGAGCCCUUCUCCAGCCCCCCCGAGCUCCCCGACGUGAUGAAGCCCCAGGACUCCGGCAGCACAGCCAACGAGCAGGCCGUGCAGUGAGGGGGAGGGGAGGGAAGGCAGGGGCUUCUGGGAUAGGGAGGAGGGGCUCCAGGAGAGGAAGUGGUGUUCUUAUUGUACAAUAGCAGCCAGGGGAGGGGUUUCUGGGGGGGGGGGGGGUGCGCGAAUUACUGUAUCCCUGCCAUCUUUAUCCUGGUCUCCAGUCACACGCAAACAUUAACCCGCCUGUCUCAUAUAAUACCCCCCCCCCCCCCCCACCUUCAAGCGCACGCGAACAAUUAUUUUCCCACGGAGGACACUUGGACACAUUUCCGAUCGAAAUUUCAUGCAGAGUUUGGGGGUACACGACACAAACCCCCAAACCGUACGUUUUUAUUUAUGCUAAUUUCUGGGGACGGGAGGCUUAAUGUGCGUUUGUGUUUUAUUUGGGCCCUGGUGUAUAAAAAAAAAAAAAAAUUACCAAUCCCCUAUCGCAGUUUGCAGUUACGUUACUGUGUGUUACAUAGUGAUUAUUAAUAUUAAUAUUAUUUAGGAUUGUAAUGAUUUUAUGGGAAAGAGAACAGGGGGAGAGGACGCAGGUCUGUUCCGUGUCGUUGGUGUGCGUAGGACGAAUGCAUGAAAUGGAAACUGAAAAUGAACUAUUUGGAUGCUAAGACUUCAGUGCACAGUGGAGUGCAGGAACUGUGACAGAGGUCUCGCAGCAGAACCCAGACAUUCGAAGGGUUAAAGGAGAACAUUUUUUCCCACUUCAGAUGACGUUGCUUCAUUGUAUCGUUUUUGAUGUCCCCUGGUCUCCCUCCUCGGUCCUGGAGUUCCGCUGUUGAGGGGGGGUCUUAGCUCAAAUUUGGCUCUCUGUUAAAAUCUUUACUAUUAUCUAAGCAUUGUUUUUCUCUCUUCUUCUUUUUAAAGGCUAGUUUUUAAGUAUUUUGCCAUUCAGGUGACCAUGCACAAGUCUGUAUUAAAACGGACAGCGUUUUGCGCUGUAACCAAAGGCGGAGUUUAGACAGAAGUUGUGUUUCCUGCACGAGAGAAAAUGUAAAAGACUCGAUGACUAAGCGACCUGCUCAACUCGAACUCCCAGCUCCAGGUUGGGAGACCAAAGGCACAGUCCCCUCGUCUGACACGGGCCCCGCCUCUCAGACAAAGUCACCUGUGAGGCUCUGACUGACACAGGCCCACCUCUAAGUCUCAGUCGCCUGUGUCACAUGACCUGCAGGGCACUCCCCUCUCUGUUCUCUGGCACGGUGGAAAUGCCAUGUGAUAAAUCUCUUUACAAAAAGAAAAACAAAACAAACAAACAAACAAAAAAAAAAACAAAUGAUAAAUGUAAUCUUAAGUUGAAUAAAGAUGAUGGCUUUUUGUUUUUCA